AUGGGAGAAACCGACGCCUCUAGGAAUGGUCACAGCUACGAUUCUGCGGAGCCCAACGCCGAGCAGGACGAACCCCCAAGUAUAGGUGGCUUCACAGACGUGAAGCCAAACCAGAACCCUACUACCAUCACUGCCACACCCACUGCCGCCACCACCAGCAGUAACAGUGCCAGCACUACCGCCACAACCUCCCUCCAGCAAGAGCAAGAGCAAGAGCAAGAGCAUCAUCAUCGCCUCGUCAACCGUCUCAAGGAAGGGGAAAAGGAAAAGAGCAACCCCAUCAUAGACUAUUCCGGUUCUCGCCAUGAUCUCCGUCCCGCCCACUGCGUCCCCGUCGACGGCCUCCGCUCCAUCUGGCAGACAGACCUCCAGAGCGGUCUCUCCAACAGCGAGGCCGCCGCACGUCUGGCCCGCGAUGGCCCCAACCGCAUCGAGGGAGCCAAGGGCCUAUCCGUUUGGGAGAUACUCUUAAGACAGGUCUCCAACAGUUUGACCCUCGUUCUCGUCAUCGUAGCGAUCCUGUCCUUCGCCAUCCAGGAUUACAUCGAAGGAGGCGUCGUCACCGCCGUCAUCCUUCUCAACAUCAUCGUGGGCUUCGUCCAGGACUACCGUGCGGAGCAGACCAUCCAGUCGCUCUACGCCCUGUCCGCCCCGACCUGUAAGGUUCUCCGUAACGGCCACGUCGAUACCGUCCGGGCCGAGUCCCUCGUCCAGGGCGACAUCGUCCUCAUCUCCGUCGGUGACGUCGUCCCCGCCGAUCUGCGCCUCCUCGAUGGGAUUAACCUGUCCACCGACGAGGCUCUGCUGACCGGCGAGUCCCUCCCCAUCAGCAAGCACCCGGAGGACGUCUUCGACGAGCCGGACCUGCCGCUGGGCGACCGCCUCAACAUGGUCUACUCGGCCACCACGGUCACCCGUGGCCGUGGCCGCGGCGUCGUCGCCGCCGUCGGUUCCGGAACCGAGGUCGGCAAGAUCGCCGCCAUGUUGCGCACCACCCGUAAGAAGGUGGAGGGCGCCUCCCUGCCGGCCCGCAUGUGGUAUGGCUUCCGCGACGGCAUGAAGAACGUCCUCGGUCUCGUCGGCACCCCGCUGCAGGUCAAGCUGAGCAAGUUCGCCCUGCUGCUGUUCGGCCUCGCCAUCCUGCUGGCCAUCGUCGUCUUCUCCGCCAGCCGUUGGCAGAUCGACUCGCAGGUCCUCAUCUACGGCAUCUGCGUCGGUGUCGCCGUCAUCCCCGAGUCCCUCAUUGCCGUCCUGACCAUCACCAUGGCUGUCGGCACCAAGGCCAUGGCCAAGGGUAACGUCGUCGUCCGCAAGCUGGCUUCUCUCGAGGCCGUCGGCGGUGUCACCAACAUCUGUUCCGACAAGACCGGCACCUUGACCCAGGGCCGCAUGAUCACCCGCAAGAUCUACCUGGCCGACGAGUCGGGCGCCGUCGUCGAGGGGUGCACCGACCCUUAUGAUCCCUCGAGCGGCACCAUCUCGUGGCCGGGCGUCGACAGCAGCUCCUCGGUAUCCUCGACGCCGGUUGUCAAAAAGUCGCACAUGCUGAUCCGGCCCGCCUCGCUCCACCCUUUCCUCCAGGCCAUCGCGCUCUGCAACAACUCUACCGUGUCUCACGGCAAGUCCGCCGCCGACGCCGCCGACACCGCCGACACCGAGUCGGUCACCACCGUCCAGACCCUCCCCGUCGCCAACUGGACCGCCAUCGGCGAGCCGACCGAGAUCGCCCUGCACGUCUUCGCCAUGCGCUUCGGCCAGGGCAAGGCCGAUAUCGUCCAGAGCGAGGGCGUCAAGAUGCUGUACGAAUUCCCUUUCGACUCGUCCAUCAAGAUCAUGUCUGUCGUCUACCAGCACCUCGACGGCACGCGCCACGUGUACACCAAGGGCGCCGUCGAGGUCAUGCUCGCGCGUCUGGCCGCGCCCGAGGACGUCAAGGCCCGCAUCGCCGCCAAGGCCGACGAGCUGGCCUCCGAGGGUCUCCGCGUCCUCUGCGUCGGCCGCAGGGUGCUGCACGACGACGAGGACGCCGGCGAGAGGAACGCGGCCGAGACCAAGCUGCGGUUCCUGGGCCUCGCCGGCCUCUACGACCCGCCGCGCGUCGAGACGCUGGGCGCCGUCAAGAGGUGCAAGACGGCCGGCAUCUCCGUGCACAUGGCCACGGGCGACCACAUCAAGACGGCCACGGCCAUUGCCCACGAGGUCGGCAUUCUGCAGGGCGGCGAGGGCGACUGGGCCGUCAUGCCGGCGGGUCGCUUCGACGCCAUGUCGGACGCCGAGAUUGACCGGCUGGAGAGCCUGCCCCUUGUACUCGCCCGGUGCAGCCCCCUGACCAAGGUUCGCAUGCUUGAGGCCAUGCACCGUCGCAAGGCCUUCUGUAUCAUGACGGGCGAUGGCGUCAACGAUUCGCCUGCGCUGAAGCAGGCUGACGUGGGUAUCGCGAUGGGCAAGAGGGGGAGUGACGUGGCCAAGGAGGCUGCCGAUAUGGUCCUCACCGAUGAUAACUUUGCCUCUAUUGUCACGGCUAUCCAGCAGGGUCGACGCCUGUUUGAUAACAUUCAGAAGUUCCUCCUGCAUCUCCUCAUCUCCAACAUCGCCCAGGUCUUCCUCCUCUUGAUCGGCCUCUCGUUCCAGGACGCGUCCGGCACCUCCGUGUUCCCGCUGUCCCCCCUCGAGAUCCUCUGGGCCAACCUCAUCACGUCCUCGUUCCUGGCCAUCGGCCUCGGCCUGGAAGAAGCCCAACCGGACAUCCUGCGCCGCCCGCCCCACGACCUCCGCGUGGGCGUCUUCACCCUCGACCUCGUCCGCGACAAGAUGGUGUACGGCUUCUUCAUGGGCUCCCUCUGCCUCGCGGCCUUCUCGUCGGUCGUCUACGGGCCCUACGGCGGCGACCUCGGCCACGAGUGCAACGAAGGGUAUAAUAGCACCUGCGAGGUGGCGUUCCGGGCGCGGUCCACGACGUUCGCGACGCUGAGCUUCCUCCUGCUCGUUACCUCGUGGGAGGUGAAGCACUUCCAGCGCAGCUUGUUCGACAUGGAGCCCGAGACCUACAAGGGCCCCUUAUCCGUCUUCCCGACCGUGUGGAAGAACCGGUUCCUCUUCUGGGCCGUCGUGGGCGGGUUCGUCAUGACGUUCCCUGUCAUUUAUAUCCCCGUCGUCAACCAUGCCGUCUUCAAGCACACGGGGAUCACGUGGGAAUGGGGCAUCGUGGCCGCCUGCGUGGUGGUGUACGUUGCUCUGUUUGAGACGUGGAAGGCUGUUAAGCGGCAUGUUGGGCUGGGGGCUUAUGCGCGUAUCGCUGCGCCGGAUGACAUGGCUUAG